AUGGCUUCAACAAACAUGGCUUCAAAGAAAACAUGGUCCGAUAGUCGAAAAGAAAAAACCGGUCUCAUUUUUCCGAUUGGGCGUUUUCAUCGUCUACUUGCUACAGGUCCUCACCAGCCUUCAUUUAAGAACAGGCUAAAGAUUCAGACAAAUACUCCUAUCUACGUUGCUGCCGUGAUUGAAUACUUGGUAACCGAAAUUAUGGAGUUGUCUGGAAAUGUUGCUCAAAUUGAAAAUAGAACAAGAAUCAUUCCCUUCGAUCUUUUAUCAGUUCUACAAAAUGAUGAAGAAUUGAAACAGUUAUUUGCUUCUCUUUUGCCAAGUCUUGUCCAGGAGCUUCAAGAGGAAGACAAGAAAGAUGUCGCGGCGGUCGUAGAGUCGGAAACAUUAACUAGCCAUCUCUCAGAGGAGAACAAGACAACUGAUGUGACCAUAAAAGUCGAAUCAUUAACCUAA